GCCCUUUACCACCAGAUGGCCAACAGUGCAUCGCCGGAACACCACCGAUAGGAAGAGCCCGGGUCCGUGCUCAUCUCUCCGACCGAACCCAGUGCGACCGAGUCCGGCUGCAGCAGCUGAGGGAACCCGACGCAUUCCUGCUAACUGCCCCCCUGGAUGCUCCCGUCAAGGAUGGAGCUGUUAAGUUGGUGCUUACUGUUGCUGAGCUGCCUGCCGUUGCUCUCAGCCAACAACGACUUCUUCACCUCCAUAGGCCAGAUGACAGAUCUGUUAUACACAGAGAAAGACCUCGUCACCUCUCUAAAGGACUACAUCAUAGCAGAGGAGAACAAGCUUGAACAGGUGAAACGGUGGGCUGAUAAGUUGGAGUUGUUGACAGUCGCAGCCAUGCAGGACCCCGAGGAAUACCUGGGGCAUCCCGUGAACGCCUUCAAACUGAUGAAGAGACUGAACACAGAGUGGGGGGACCUGGAGAGCCUUGUCCUCAGUGACACCACUGAUGGAUUUAUUUCCAACCUCACCAUCCAGAGAAAGUACUUCCCCACAGAUGAGGACCAAACUGGGGCUGCUAAAGCUCUCCUCCGGUUACAAGACACAUACAGAUUGGACGCCAACACAAUCUCUAUAGGAGACCUGCCUGGAGUGACACACAAGAUCCGUAUGACGGUAGAGGACUGUUACGAGUUGGGGAAAAUCGCCUACUCCGAUGUCGAUUACUACCACACAGAGCUGUGGAUGGCCCAGGCCCUGAAGCAGCUCGACGAGGGAGAAGAGUCCACUUUAGAUUCGGUGACGGUGCUCGACUACCUCAGCUAUUCAAUCUACCAGCAGGGGGAUAUAGAUCGAGCCCUGGUGCUCACCAUGAGGCUGCUUGAACUGGACCCAGAGCAUCAGCGGGCCAAGGGCAACCGGAAGUACUUUGAGUUCCAGUUGGAGAAGCAGAAGAAGGCUGCGGCGAGUGAAAGUCUAGUAAAGAAGGAGCGAGGCACAAGAGAAACGGGUGAAAAGAAGAAGUCCAGAAAGAACAUCACCAAUCAGCUGCUUCCUGAGAGGAAGAAGUAUGAGAUGCUUUGUCGUGGGGAGGGCGUCAGAAUGACCCCCCGAAGGCAGAGCCGACUGUUCUGUCGUUACUAUGACAACAAACGCAACCCCAAAUAUGUGCUGGCACCUGUCAAACAGCAAGAUGAGUGGGACCGCCCCUACAUUGUCCGCUACCUGGACAUCAUUUCAGACAAAGAAAUGAGUACGGUCAAGCAGCUGGCAAAGCCAAGAUUAAGGCGAGCCACGGUGCAUGACCCCCAAACUGGGAAACUCACUACAGCCCAGUACAGAGUCUCCAAGAGUGCAUGGCUCACUGGCUAUGAAGACCCCUUGAUUGAAAAGAUCAACCAGAGAAUUGAAGAUCUCACAGGGCUGGAAAUGGACACUGCAGAAGAGUUGCAGGUUGCGAAUUAUGGUGUCGGAGGUCAAUACGAACCUCACUUUGACUUUGGAAGGAAAGAUGAGCCUGAUGCUUUUAAAGAGCUCGGCACUGGGAACCGCAUCGCAACAUGGCUUUUCUACAUGAGUGACGUCUCAGCAGGUGGAGCCACAGUUUUCCCAGAUGUUGGUGCAGCAGUUUGGCCCCAAAAGGGUACUGCAGUGUUCUGGUACAAUUUGUUUGCUAGCGGCGAGGGUGACUACAGCACCCGACAUGCAGCUUGCCCAGUGUUGGUGGGCAACAAGUGGGUAUCAAACAAAUGGAUCCACGAGCGAGGCCAGGAGUGGCGGCGACCUUGUGGCCUAAAUGAAACCGAAUGAUGACAAAAUAAAUCUCCUCGUCACCUCUCUGCCCCCCCUUCUCCCCUUCUCCCCUUCCUUGUGACCAGAGGACACUGCCGCAGAUCACAGAUGACACAUGUGGAAACAUGGGGCUCACUCCCUCUCUUCAAAACACUCCUGUUAUUCCCAGCUGUUACGCUCCGAGCCCACAGAUUGUUUGGGUUAGCGUGGAGCCCCUGGACAGUGUUAGCAUUGCUGUGACAGACAUGUUCUUGAGGUUGUUGGCUGGUUUUGAGAAACACACGUGUCCUUUUUUCACUUCUUUCUCUGCACUCUGUAUGAACUCUAGCUCUGUGGUGAGGUGGCGUCUGUCAGGACCAGCCUCUACCCCUCCAUUUUGAACUUUAAAGGGGACAGUUCACAUUUUUUACAUACAGGCCAGACUGAUGCAUUAUACUCAUGCAAAUGGAGCUGUGGUUUGUGAGAGAAUGAAAACAGUUUCAAAAAACAAUCCCACAUUUCAAUCAAAUCAAGUUGUAUUUGAACAGCCCAUAUUAACAAAUCACAGUUUGUCUCAAAGGGCUUAACAAGGUGUGACUUCCUCUGCCCUUAACCCUCAACAAGAGUAAGGAAAAACUACAGCUACAUCCGAUACCAUAUCAGUACCCUAAAUAUGUCAGUUUGUUUUUGUCCAUCAGGAUCCAUGAAUUAUUCUCUGGGGAAUUGGUGAAUAUAUCAAAAAGGCCCGAUCUCACAAUGUGAACGAAAUAGAAAAUUCCUGGAUCUGUUCCUUGGUCCGGAUCCGUGCCAAAAUUUAAUGGAUUCUUUUUUUUGGCCCAUCCUUCCACCAAGUUUCAUGGUAAUCCCUUCAGUAGUUUCUGCAUAAUCCUGCUGAGAUACAAACAAACCAAUGGACCGUAACCUCCUUGGCAAACAAUGUAAAUUAUUUCUCUGUAAAAUGACUAAAUAAUUUACACAAACUGUCAUGUAGCAGGUUUACUGAUUUUUCCUCUUAUUUUACAUGUUUUUAGCAAACUCUCCUUUUCAAUAACUUGGCAAUAAAAGAUAAAGAAAGUUCUCUGUGGAAGGAAAGAAAGGACUCAGCACAUAAGUGGUCAGAGAAGGAGAAUCUAUGCCAAACAUCACAUCUGUUGUUGGUCUGCCUCAAAGCUUCAGUGUUUUUAACUGGUCUGAAUGUCCACACUUGUUAGAUUGGUUGUACUUGAACAUACCAACAGUUACAUUCACCCAAUAUGCUGCGUUAAAAUCAAGUGUUUUUAGUUUUCAAUUUUAAAUUGCGACGUUUGCUCCAGUGUUUUGUACGAGCCUGAAAACCACAGAACACGAACAUUAGGAAACGGUGGAGCGGACUGGAUCACGCCACAUUGUGCCAUAACAAGUUUAAACCCUUGUUUUUCUUUAUAGCGCGACUGAUUCUGAUCUCGGUUUGUAACAGUGUCGGUAACCAACGCUUUUUUUUUAGAGUGUGAGAAUAUAAUGGUUUUUCAAGGAAGAAGCAUUUUAUUUAUAUGUCCCAUGUUAUUUUUUGUUGUGGUUUUGUUUGAAAUGAAAGUCUGAUUUUUUUCUACAUUAAAGACUGUUCUAUUGA